AUGGAAGAAUCUACGAUUGAUCAUCGGGAUCCUUCGUUCUGGGCGCCGGGAACUUUGACCUUGGAAGACUUGCAGGCGGCCAACACCAAGGUUCUUCUCCAUCCCGUCCCAACUUCGGAUCCAAAUGAUCCUCUGAAUUGGGCGUCAUGGAGAAAAGCACUUAAUUACGGGCUUGUUUGCUUUUAUGUCCUGAUGACUUUUGUGGAGCUGGACAUUGGAUUCACCGCUUGGGAAGAUUAUGAGAUCGAGUUGGGCUUUUCGGUUGACCUGCUGAACGGUGCAGCGGCCACCAACUAUGCCGGCCUCGCUAUCGGUUGCAUCUUCUUUGUACCUCUCGUCAACAAGUAUGGCCGGCGCCCAAUGUACUUGUUCAGUACAGCCCUUCAACUGGCCUCGGUCAUUUGGUUUGCAAAGACAGAAACCAGAGGCGAUCUCAUCGGGAGCAACUUGAUCUCUGGUCUAGGCGGUGCGAUCAGUGAAACGAUUGUGCAGAUGACAAUUGCUGAUCUGUUUUUUGUGCACAAUCACGCCGCCAUGAAUGCGUACUACAUGCUCGCCACCAGCAUCGGUGCCUUCCUGGGACCAGUAGCCUCAGGCUAUGUCGUCGUUAGCCAAGGGUGGAGGUGGAUGUUCUGGUGGUGCACCAUCUUCUUCGCGAUAAACUUGGUCGCCCUUAUUUUCUUAUUCGAAGAGACCAAGUACGUCAGCGUCCUUGUUGGCCACAACGGGGCCAAACAAAGACCGGUCCAGGAAAAUCCAAGAGGUGGCAGCAUUGAGCAACCGAACCCGGGAGACUCCAAGCCGGCCGAGUUGGGGUCAGCGGUAGAGCCGACUCGCCUCGAAAGUCAUCUCCACAUUGACCCGACAAUCAGGAUGAAGACAUUCUGGGAGCGUCUUCCUCUAAUCACCAAAACAGAUGGCUCGAUCCUGCAUGACAUCUAUCAGCCUAUCGUGGUUCUGUUCACCUUUCCAGCCAUCGCCUACACCGCUAUGACCUAUGGCAGCCUCCUGGCCUGGUUUGCCACGAUGACUUCUGUCCAAGCAACAUACCUUUUCUAUCCACCAUACAACUUCUCUGCUGCUGGCGUUGGGUUGAUGAAUGUUGCCCCUUUCGUUGGAGUGAUUCCCGGAACCUUUGUUGGCGGAUAUCUGAACGACAAAUCCAUCCUCUGGCUGUCGAAACGCAAUAGCGGUAUUUACGAGCCGGAAAUGCGUCUCUGGCUUGCCCUAGUCGGUGCACUCAUAACCCCAGCAGGCAUUUUGAUGUUUGGUGUGGGGUUGGCCCAUAGUGCAGCUUGGCCCGUUCUUGCUGUCGGGUACGGACUUUUCGGUUUCGGUUUCUCCAUGGUUGGCGACAUCGCUCUCUCCUACGCCAUGGACUGCUAUCAGAAUAUUAUCGGCAAUGCGUUGGUGGGUGUCGUGUUCACGCGCAACAUCUUCUCGGUGAUUAUCCUAUUCGCCCUCACUCCGUGGAUCAACGGGAUGGGGGUUCAAAACGUUCAUGUCCUUAUAGCUGUGCUUUGCUUCGCCCUUUCGAUGUUACCUGUGCCGCUCCUUAUCUGGGGAAAGAAGGCUAGAAUUGCUACUGCAACACGGUACAGGAAGAUGGCUUCCCAGCAACCAACGCAUCGUGACAUUUGA